CACACACGGUGAUCAAGAAGGGUGAUCAGAGCGUGAGAAAGAGAGAGAGAAAGAGAGAAAGAGAUAUAGUGCAAGAUUGGGUUGUGUAGAGUGCGUGCGUGUACAGUUCCAUCUUCUGAGGAACGAAAAAAGAAUAACCUACAAGACGGUGAUCUUCGUGAAAAAGCGUGUCCUUACCAUCUGACGUGCGUGUGUUUGAGUGUCAAAUCUGUGAGCUGUCACGACCAGUGUGAGCUGAGGCGAGACAACUGUCAGCGUAGAAUUCUGAGCCAAGAAUUCCACCUUCUGCAUCCAUCGCCGUGCUAGAUCCGACAGAGAGAAAGAAAUGAUCGCCUUCAAAUUGCUGGCUAUCGCCACCUGCCUGGCAGGCGUCAUCCUCGCUCAGGACUACCAGGAGUACCGACAGGCGCCACUCCGGAUCGGUACCAAAGCUGAGGAACCCAAGCCAACGCCGGUACCCAUCCUGAAGCAGAUCAACAGACACAACGAGGACGGUUCCUACACGUACGGCUACGAGGGUGCAGAUGGUUCGUUCAAGAUCGAGACGAAACUGGCGACUGGCGAGGUGAAGGGCAAGUACGGGUACGUCGAUGAGACUGGAAAGGUGAAGGUGGUGGAGUACGGGGCGAACAAGUACGGUUUCCAGCCAUCGGGUGAAGGUAUCACCGUGCCACCGCCAACUCUCGUCGACGAAACCACCGGCAAGGACGAUCUCCUCGAGGAUGACGAUGGAAAUGUUCCGGUAGCACCGCGCCUGCAGAAACAUCGACCCGCCUCGAAGCCCCGCUUCCAGGAGGUGCCGAUCCAGCAGCCCCACCACCAACCCGCCCAACAACCCCACCACCACCACCACCACCAACCCCAGCACCAGCCUCAGCAGCGCCAGCAGCAGCAGCAACCGCAGUACUACGAUUACGACGAGCAACCUGCUCCAGCACCGCAACCCAAAUUCCAACCAGCCCCACAGUACGUGCAGCGGUCACACUUUGGUGCAGCUCCUGCCCCCGCCAACGGUCCCAUGCCCAUCCGCGCCCAGGUCCCGAAUGCCGUCCCCGUGGACGUUGUGUACGCCCCGAAACAGCUGCCCGCUCGUCCUGAUCACGAGUUCCGCAACGUUGGCCCGCAAACCUUCCCGGGUGCUGGACCUGAGCCCAAGAUUCGCUACUCUCAGCCCUCAUUCGCACCGUCCGCUCUCCCGCCACAGCACACCCCGAAGUCCGCCAAUCCCGUGCCCCCGCAGGUUGGGUUCCCACAACCCCGACCUCAGCCAGCCGUGUACCAGCCGCGACCUGCCCAAGGUCGCAGCACCAGCGUGCUGGAUCAGCUGGCUAAGGACUACGCGCUGCCACAGGGUGGUGCAGCACCACUCCACGACAUCACCUUCGGCUACUACUGAGCUGAGAUCUCUUCUACCCCGCACACAUACACCACAACACCUACACAUACGCAAACAGCCUGAGCCCUCAUCCCAACCCGGCUGUCUGCUCGCCUAAAUGCACGCACGCGUGAAGAACUGACGUCCGUAGCCAUAAGGUGAAAACAAACGAUCGAAAGAGCAAACAAACAACAAAAAAACACGAAGGGAAAAUAAUACAAAUUGGUCUUACAU